AUGUCUCGUACCCAAGAACAGCAACCGCAAUCCAUCGUUCACCAUCUGUCUCGGAUGGGGUCAAAGAUGGCUAUUCCAUUUCGAAAGCAACUUUCUCCAGUGAAAUCAAGAAGACAGGACGACGAGGAAAGUCUAAUGCACUCGAAAAGAAGUUAUGAAAGUCUUACUUCCCGAACUGAACCCAUAUACAGCGUUGAUGGAAGUAACGACGACUGGUCGUUCACAUCUGAUUGCUAUGACGGUACUUGUCGACAGCAUUCUGCCCUUCAUGAGGAGGACGAAGACGAAGGCAGCAGUGACGAAGAGACUUUCAUCUCACUUGAUCAGAACGAGUUCCUCAUGGAAUGCUUCAUGACAAAUCAAUGCAGUGAUGUGACAUUCAUUGUCAUAUUUAGUGCUGGAACGUGCUAUUUGUCAAAGCAUCUAGAGGAGAUCGUCGCUAUCAGGACCGCGGAAUCUGGGUGCAAUUGCCAAUGCCGACGAGUCGACUCUCGCAAAGCACCAAUGUUCACUCAGAAACUUCAAAUCGAUGUGGACCAACCAACCCUUGUGGCCAUGAAGAACGGAUCAGUGAUCGGUAAAAUGUCCAACAUUUCUCCAUCUGGUUGGGAACUGGACAAGUGGCUGACCGAUACCAAUCUGAUGACAAAAAGAGACAGUGAAUCAGAUUUCCAAUCAUUAAGCACCCGACUAUGCGACUUGUAG